AUUGGCCUUGCUCUCUGCUGCAACAUGAUCAGCUACAAAGACAUCGCCAACGUCCUGAAUGCAGUCAUCCCUCUCUACGUUACCAUGUUCUUGGCCUACGCCUCCGUCAAGUGGUGGAAACUCUUCACUCCUGACCAGUGCUCCGGCAUCAACCGUUUCGUCGCUGUUUUUGCUAUUCCUCUUCUCUCCUUUGAGUUCAUCUCUCGCAUCAAUCCUUUUAAGCUUAACUAUUUGUUUGUCGCUGCCGAUGCCGUCUCCAAAGUCCUUGUUCUCCUUCUCCUUCUCUUCUGGUCAACCUUCUCUGAAAAUGGAAGCUUGGAUUGGUGCAUCACCGCCUUCUCUCUUACCACACUGCCUAACACCCUUGUCAUGGGGAUACCUCUCCUUAAAGCCAUGUAUGGGGACAACCAAGAAGCUUUGAUGAUCCAAGUUGUGGUUUUGCAAAGUGUUAUUUGGUAUACUCUCUUGCUUUUUCUCUUUGAGUUGAGAGCUGCUAGGAAUGAUUUGGUGUUGUUGGUCAAAGUUAGUGAUCAGAUGACCAGGUGCAGUAGUACUAGUCGUAGUAGUACUAAAGCUGAAAAGAAUAGUGAUCAAGAUCAACAAUCCAUUGCUCAAGAGAGUGAUGAUCAGGAGGAUGAAGUAGUGCAUGUUAUAGUAGCCAAACCGAUGUCGUCUUCAUCACCAGACUUGGAACAACAAAGAGAUAGAGUAGUACUUCAUCAAAACUCUAACAAGGUGGCUCCGGACUCUUCAGAGGAUGAAGAGUAUGGGAAAGAGCUUCAUAUGUUUGUUUGGCGUUGUGCUUGUUGUAGCAAUUCAGAAGGACUUUGUGAGCAUUCAGUGCAAGUUUGCAGUAGAAAAGAUGAGGAGAGUGGAGAUGGAGGAGAAAAGGAAUUAGAUGAGUGUGAAAAGAGAGAAGAACAAGUACUGGAAAAGGGUAGUCAAGUUUGUUCAUGUAUGUCAACAAAAAUGGUCAGAUUGAUCAUGACCAUGGUGUGGUCCAAACUCAUCAGAAAUCCAAACACAUAUGCCAGCCUUUUUGGUCUCAUAUGGGCCUUGGUUUCCUCCAAAUGGAACAUCAAGAAGCCAGCGGUGAUGGAAAAUUCAGUGACAAUCUUGUCAAAUGCUGGUCUUGGGAUGGCUAUGUUUAGUCUGGGAUUGUUCAUGGCCUUGCAACCAAGAAUUAUAGCGUGUGGCAGCAAAUUAGCAGCAUAUGGAAUGCUGAUGAGAUUUAUUGCUGGACCUGCUUUUAUGGCAAUUGCAUCUAUUGUAGUUGGCGUCAGAGGAAAAACACUCAAAGUCUCAAUAGUUCAAGCUGCAUUGCCUCAAGGAAUCGUCCCUUUCGUCUUUGCCAGAGAGUAUAAUUUGCACAGUGAGGUGCUAAGCACAGGGGUUAUCUUCGGAAUGAUUAUUUCAUUGCCUAUCACAAUACUGUAUUAUGUGUUGUUGGGCUUGUGAAUUUAAGCGUACGGAAUCAACUAAAGUGAUGGUAUUCAGAGAUGACUGAUUGAUGACAAGAGCAUUGAAGGAUUAGAAUAUAUAUAUAUAUAUAUAUUCAGUUUUGAUGCAGUGGAAACAGAACAAGAGAAAAGGAGAAUAUUGAAAUUUGGUCAGUUAUUCGGGGGGAUGUUAGCAGAAAAUGGAAUUUUGUAUGCAGAAUUAAUUUUGACAUUAUGAUAAAAAAGUUUGUGUAUAAUGUUGGGUUUUCACACCUUUGUUUUUUAUCUUUGAAAAUGAAAAAGCUUCUUCAAAGAUGCCAUAAAGCUAAAAAAAAA